AUGCCGUUAACACAGGGGCACGUGCUUGUUAUUCCCAGAAAGCAUUUUAAAAAUCUUGGGGCGGUUAAUGUCAAGGUGGGGAAAGAACUUGGAAAGUGGCUACCAAUCAUUUCGAGAGUAGUUGUCAAGACUAUAUUAGGUACUGAGCCGGAUGAGCGCGGCGAAGACCCAGCACAUUGGAAUGUGGUGCAAAAUAAUGGUCUCCGAGCCGCGCAAACGGUUCCCCACGCACAUUUUCAUAUCAUUCCUAGGCCACCGCUAGAGCGAUCGCCUCAACCUGGCGCAAGUUGGGUAAUGUUUGGUCGGGGCCAGCGUGAUGAACUCGAUGAUGAUGACGGCAGAAGACUGGCAAGUCAGCUAAGGGGCGCAAUUGCCCAGGAGAUCAUCAGAGUUAAACAAGCAGAGGGUAUUGAUCUGGAUACGGAUUCUAUUGAAGAUGGGCCGGAGAGUCUUCGGUUGCUAAAGCUGUGA